GCUGGCAACACUGCUGCAUGCUAAUUACAGUACAGUACAAUUGCAGUACAGUUCGGUAUGGUAAUGUGCGUUCCAUCUCUCAGUGAUUCCGUCAAUUCUCAGUAAUUCUAAAAAAAACCAAUAAACAUUGGAAUAAUCAUCGAUAAUUAAAGUACUAACUCGUGCUCACCACGAGCUCGAGCUGCUCAACCUUUUUUUUUUCGGUACUGUUGAAGGAUAAUUAGUAAUAAUGGGGCGUAAGAAGAAGAAGCAGUCUAGGCCCUGGUGCUGGUAUUGCAACAGAGAAUUCGACGAUGAGAAAAUUCUCAUUCAGCAUCAGAAGGCGAAACACUUCAAGUGUCACAUUUGUCAUAAAAAAUUGUACACAGGUCCUGGGCUCAGUAUACACUGUAUGCAGGUACACAAGGAGGCGAUAGAUAAAGUACCAAAUUCGUUGCCAAAUCGUAGCAAUAUAGAGAUAGAAAUAUAUGGAAUGGAGGGAAUUCCACCGAACGAUGCGAAAGAGCACGAGAAGCAGAGGAACGGUGGUCGGCCAGGUUCGCCAUCAUCUGGUGAGGAUGAGCCAGCGCUAAAAAAAUCUAAACCGGAGGGUCUGUUGGGAUCAGCUCCUGGUGCAGUGCCAACAGCAUCUGGAAUGAUACCUGGAGUUAUGCCAGGAAUGCAGGGUCAUCCAGGUAUACCCAUGGGCCAUCAAUUUCCACCUGGAAUGCAUAUGAUGGGACAUUUGGGACACGUUGCACCGCCAUUUAUGCCACCAGGAAUGAUGCAGGGUAUGGGGAUGCCUCCAGUGUCAGGUGCAUCAAUGCCUCCAAGACCUUUAUUUCCAGCUGUCUCGACAGCCAUGUCGUCAGCCGGUAAUGUGACGUCUCUUGGUACCACUGUGACGUCGAUAGCUGGUGGUUCAAUAGGUCCAAUAAAACCAACAUUUCCAGCUUAUGGAGGUGACAGUAGUGCAACAAGCAAUACCACCAGUGGCAGUGGAAGUGUAAGUGCCAGUGGUAGCAUUCCCACCGGUGAUGCAGGUGGUAAAGUCAAUUUGAUAGCAACAACUGGUGCUGCCAGCAAGAUUAUUCAUCCACAAGAGGAUCUCAGUCUCGAGGAGAUGAGAGCGAGAUUACCCAAGUAUCAAAGAAAACAGACAGAGGAUUCUGGUAGAAGAUCACACGAUGGACAGAAUCACCAGUCUGUCCAUCAGCAGGCACAACAAAGUCUUCAGCAGCAACAAAAUAAUCAGCAACACCAGCACCAACAACAGCACUCACACCAGCAGCAGCAUCAGCAUCAGCAACAACAGGCAGCUGCUGUGGCAAGUGCCCAGGCUGCCUUUCAGGAUCAACAGCAGCGUCAGCAUGCAGCACUCACUGCACUUCAGCAACAGCAGCAGCAACAGCAGCCACAGAGAUUCCAAAGGCCACCUCAGAUGAUGGUGCCAGCGUCAGCUGCCAUUCCGGUGUCCUCGGUUGCUCUUAUGGCACCUCUCAUGAGACCAACUAUGACCCUCGCUGCACCUGCACUCAUUCACGGAGGUAACAUGAUGAGACCGCCCCCCAUGGGCCUGCCACCAGGAAUGAUCGGUGCAUUGCCACCGGGUGCAAUGCAUCCAGCAUUCGCUGCGCCAAUGGGUUUUCCUGGUGCACCAAUGCUAGCACCAAUGAUGCAUCCUCGCUUCAGAUGAUCGCCUCCGAUGGACGGGCCCAAUCCACCGCUGCACUUCGUGCUGUGGGCCCGGCCUUAGCCCCAUCACGCUGAAACUCCCCCUGACUAAAACAAAAAAUCAAGAUUAUUUAACAAAAUGUCUCAAGAGGAUUUAAAUUCACUGAAAAGUUAGCAGAAAAAUAUUUGUUUUUUUUUUCAUUAAUAAUUUUAAUUCAUUGAUUGAUUAAUUAAUAUCUCACUAAUUAAUAUCUUGGAACCUACGGGAGAUAGUGAGAAGGGUAAAAUGAGGGAUGGUUAACACUAAAAAUUAUGAAAACAAAAAGGAAAAAAGGGGGAAAAAAUGAAAAAAAAAUUAAUGAGAAAGGCCCUCACGAAUUUCUCUAUCUCUCUUAGAUCCACCAAAAUAUUAACGACAAAAGGGCGGAUUUCAUCAGUACUCAAUGAAUUUUUAUCGAAUAAUCGAUCUGUUUUCUUAUUAAUUAAUUAAUCAAUUUAGCGUAAGUGAUGAAUUAAGCCUGGAAAUCAUUUCCCGUGGUUAAUGACACGAAUGAAAUUCUUUCUAGGCUGUCGAUAAUCCACUGGGGUGUCCUCGUGGUGAGACAAAAUGCGCCCAGACAGGUGGCAACUUUACGCUGCUACUAUUUCAAUGAUCAAUGAUUUAUUUAUGUCGAUUAUUCGAUUAUUAAUCGUCGAAUCGCCAGCCUCACUAUUUGUGUAUUUAAUGGGAGUGGGUCGAUGAAUAUUAGCAGCAGCGUGGAGAUGGGCUGCCUCAGGUUAGUCAGUGGUAAUUUUUAUUUUUGGUUUCAUGAUUAUUUAUCUCAAAGAUUAAUUAAAUCAUCCAGACAAUUUAUGAGGAUGACUCAAUGAAGCAAAUUCGCACAAUUUAUUUCCAUUGGAAGAAAUUAUUAUUUCAAUUAUUACAAUCCAUUUUAUAAAAUCAAUAUAUUGUUUUUCGACAGUCUUCAUUUUGUAGAAAUGUUUAUUGAGGGAAUUAUUGUGUUAUCAAUUGUUGAUUUGAAUGAUUUUUGGGAUAAAUAAUUCUGUCACCUUAUUUUGUACAAGUACUGCUGAAUUGAUUCGCACAGAUGAUCCACAGCUACCUAAACAAUAAAAAGCCACCAACAAUGAAAGAAUGAAAAAUAAAGACAAUGUUAUCAACUUUGCGAAUCAAUUGGGAUGAUUUCCUUGCAAGGAACAUUAUGAGUGGUAAGUACUGAGGGUACUCACAAAUUUUAAAGAGCGAUGUCAACAUAUGAGGAUUUUAACUAAUAACUCGUGUACCACAUCAAUUAUUCGUCUAAUUGAUCGCUCGUUCCAUCUGUAUUCGAUAAUUUCUCAAUAAUUUCGUCGUUCAAAGGAUAAAAUCGUCAGACUUGGCUCGCUUCAAAUAAAAUACUCCAUUUGUUUCUAAAAUUAAACAUGUUUUAUUUACUUGGGAGGUAAUAAGUCACAUUAUUAAAACCUCGUCGAGUUUUAUUUCAUUAUUAUUAAAAUUAUGUUGCAAAUCAGUUUAACAUGACGAUUCUCGAAAAAAAAAAACAACUUGAUAUCGAUCCAUAAUACAAGAUUAAAAACACUAAAUCCUCAGCUUCGCUUACUUCUCGUCUCUACUCUUAAUUAUCUCUCAUUUUCUUUUUCAAGUGAAUAAUAAGUGGAGUUUAUGCGAUGAAUAUGGAGGAAAUGUUAAUGAAAAUUGAAAAAAAAGGUUGAGUGCGAAAGAAUUAAUAAACACCAAUAAUCGUGCUGUGAACACGUGUACGUAUCAAAAACUACGCAUUGUUAAUUAUUUAAUUUUCUGGAGAUUGUCUUUCUGAAUUAAUUAUCAAUAUUGAUAACUUGAGUAAUUAACCGUUGAUUUAUUUAUUCAUGACACCGAAAUAAAUUAUUCAAACACGUGAAUUUAUCACAAGAAGUCUUAAAAGAAAUGAUCAAUUAUUCGGCAGGACAAUCCCAUGAAAAAUCUGAACAUGUAGAAAAUUCUCUUACUAUUUCAUUGAGUGUCAUAAAUAUCAAAAUACUUUUAUUUUUAAUUUUUUUCCUCUUGAUUCUGGGAUUAAGGAAUUCUGUGAAAAUAUUCUACAGGCCGUAUGAAAUGAAUAUCAGGCGAUAGUCUGCAAUUUUGGGAUGAGUCGACUGGAAUUAUAAAAA